CUAUGUAGGGAAUAGGGUGUCAUUUGGUACAAAGCAUCUGUGUUGAGGGUAUAUUGUGGAUGCACAGGUGAGGUCUUUAUAAACAGUGAAAGGGCAUAGGAAAAACCAGAAGUGGUUGUUUCCCCCUGAGGCAGACAGACUCGUCUCCAGACUCUACAGAACACAGUUGUCUUCCCUCCACGGAUCAAGCCCUAUCAGACUGAGAGACAUGUCCUCCUCCUCUCUCCCGUGGUGCCUGCUGGUGGUGUGUGUUCUGACUGUGGUCCAGAUCUAUGCAGCAGAGGAACCUAUGGUCCUCAAGGUGUUCAACCUCCAUGCCACUGACCUGCACAGCGGCUUGUUCCAGACCCCUGAUGCCUACGUCGAGGUGUUCAGAAUGCACGGCUUUCUCGGGAGGACAGAGGUGAAGAACAACAACCAUGACCCCAGCUGGAAGGAGGAGUUCAGCUUCCUCAACGCCCGUGAGAACAACAUCUUGAGGUUGGAGGUGUACGACAGCAACAUUUUCGUCGACAACCUGCUGGGGACCUGCGAGCGCUCCAUCAAGAUUGGAACUUGGCAACAUAAAUGUUUCCUGAAGACAGGCGGGAUCCUGAACUACUCCUACACCCUAGAGCCUCUACAGUAGACCCUGUACUACUCCUACACCCUAGAGCCUCUACAGUAGACCCUGUACUACUCCUACACCUUAGAUCCCCAACAGUCGACCCUGUACUACUCCUACACCCUAGAGCCUCUACAGUAGACCCUGUACUAGUCCUACACCCUAGAGCCUCUACAGUAGACCCUGUACUAGUCCUACACCCUAGAGCCUCUACAGUAGACCCUGUACUAGUCCUACACCCUAGAGCCUCUACAGUAGACCCUGUACUACUCCUACACCCUAGAGCCUCUACAGUAGACCCUGUACUAGUCCUACACCCUAGAGCCUCUACAGUAGACCCUGUACUAGUCCUACACCCUAGAGCCUCUACAGUAGACCCUGUACUAGUCCUACACCCUAGAGCCCCUACAGUAGGCCCUAUACUACUCCUACACCCUAGAGCCUCUAUAGUAGACCCUGUAUUAGUCCUACCCUACACCCUGGAGCACCUAGCCUAGCAUAGAGCCCCUCCAUCAACAACUGUAAUCCAACAAUACUCAGCUAGAGUAGCUAGACCUCCUCCUCCCUUGUCUGACCCCUCAUCUGUUACAUUGCUUUCUCAUUCCAAAUCAAAUCAAAUCAAACCUUAUUGAAGCCAGCCGCCGCCAUAUCGGUUCUCCUCAUAAAGAGCAGUCCUCCAUAGGAUGUCACGGACAAAAUUACAUGUAUUUAAGUCUUUCUUUGUUGUAGAUGGGACAGUAACAUUGGUACUCUCUAAAAACGCUACUUUAUUAUACUUUAAAAGUAUGCAUUAAGGCAUAUAUAAUAGACUAUACUUGGCAAAAACAAAUGUUGACAACAAUAAAUGCAUUUCUAUAUAA